AUGACCGUUCAACACCACGAUGGCAUCAUCCCCACGGAGCACGAUGCCCUCCUCCCACGCCCGCUUCAGCCUCCAGCCGGCGACUCGGAGCCCGGUGUGCCCGCGCAGGAUGACCCCUUUGCCAGCGGCGACGUCGUCACCGCCGAGGAGCACCGCAGCUUCCAGCGCGGCCUCGAGCAGCGCCAUCUCUCCAUGAUAGGCAUCGCCGGCGCCAUUGGCACGGGACUCUUCCUCGGGCUCGGCGGCGCGGUCCAGACCGGCGGUCCCCUGGGCGCCCUGCUCGGCUACGGCGUCAUCGGCCUCGUCGUCUGCGCCGUCCAGUUCGCCCUGGGCGAGGUCGCCGCCCUGUUGCCCGUCACCGGCUCCUACGUCCGCCACGCCGAGUUCCUCGUCGAUCCCGCCUGGGGCGUCGCCCUCGGCUACAACCUCGUCUACGGCAACAUCCUCUCCAUCCCCUCCGAGAUCACCGCCAUCUGCGUGCUCUUCCGCUUCUGGUGGCCCGACGUCGACCCGACCCCCAUCAUCCUCGUCUUCAUCCUCCUCACCCUCGCCGUCGGCCUCGCCCGCAUCCACGUCUUCGGCGAGGUCGAGUACCUCUUCGCCUGGCUCAAGGUCCUCCUCAUCGUCUUCCUCAUCGUCCUCGGCCUCCUCAUCGCCCUGGGCGCCAUCCCGGGAACCCCCGCCCUCGGCUUCCGCUACUGGCGCGACCCGGGCCCCUUCGUCGAGCACAUCUACCCGGGCUCCCUGGGACACUUCCUCGGCUUCUGGCAGGCCCUCGCCGGCGCCGUCUUCUCCUUCGCGGGCGUCGAGUCCAUCGCCAUGGCCGCCGCCGAGACCAGGGACCCCCGCUCCGCCAUUCCGGCCGCCUGCAAGCGCGUCUUCCUCCGCAUCUUCCUCUUCUACAUGCUCGCCAUCCUCGUCGUCGGCAUGCUCGUCGCCAGCAACGACCCCCGCCUCGCCAACGGCCCCGCCGGCGACGCCGCCCAGUCCCCCUUCGUCAUCGCCGCCUCCGCCGCGGGCAUCCCCCUCAUCCCCUCCGUCGUCAACGCCGUCGUCAUCACCUCAGCCUGGUCCGCCUCCAACCAGAGCCUCCUGUCCGGCUCCCGCGUCCUCUACGGCCUCGCCCUCAAGGGCCAGGCGCCCCGCGUGUUCCUCCGCACCACGAGCUGGGGCUCCCCCUACGCCUGCGUCCUCCUCUUCGGCGCCUUCAUGCUCCUCAGCUUCCUCAGCCUCUCCAGCGGCGCCCUCACCGUCUUCUGGUGGUUCGUCGACCUCACCGCCGCGGGGAUCCUCGUCUCCUGGUCCUCCAUCCUCUACAACCACAUCCGGCUACGGAGCGCCAUGCGAGUCCAGGGGAUACCGGAGUCGCGGCUCCCCUGGCACAACAAGCACACAGUGUACACCUCCCGCGCAGCGUUGUGCACGUGCGUCCUCAUCCUGUUCACCAGCGGCUUCUCGACGUUCAUCAAGGGGCACUGGGACACGAGCGUCUUCGUCUCAUCGUACCUGGAUAUUCCGUUGGUUUUGUCCGUCUUUCUGCUAUGGAAGUUCUGGAAGAACACCAAACCCAUACCCCUUCAUAAAAUUCCCCUGCUCGAAGUCUUGGACCAGAUCGAUGAGAGCGGCGAGUAG